UGAGCCAAUGGCCCGGGAGCCGAGGCGGCUGGGCGGGGAGCCCGGGGCGCGCUCGCUGCAGUAGCAGCCGCGGGACGAUGGACGGCGGCGCCGCCGCGGGGCUGCCGGUGCUGGGCGCCCUGGUCGCGCUCGGGCUGCUGCUGCGGGCGGCCUGGGCGCUGGGCCACGCGGUGUGGACCCACCUGCUGGCGGAGCGCGGGAGGGGCGCGGAGCUCGCCAGCUUCGGAGCCUGGGCGGUGGUGACUGGAGCUACAUCUGGGAUUGGAAGAGCCUAUGCCCAUGAGCUCGCCAAGAGAGGCCUCAAUGUGGUGCUGAUCAGCCGCUCUCUGCAGAAACUGAAGCAGGUGGCAGCUGAGAUAGAAGAGCAGCAUGGCCAAAGCACCAGAGUUAUUGAAGCUGAUUUCACCCAGGGGUCAGAGAUCUAUGACUCAAUCCAAACCGCCCUGCAGGGCCUGGAGAUUGGCAUUCUAGUGAACAACGUUGGCAUGACCUUUUCAACAGAGCCAAUGAAUUUCCUGGAUAUCCCCAACAUUGAUAAGACUCUGUCAGAUAUUGUGAAUUGCAACAUGCUCUCAGUGGCAAAGAUGACCAGGAUUGUCCUGCCCCAGAUGCUCAGCAGGAAGAAGGGGGUCAUCAUUAACUUGUCCUCUGAAGUGGGUCGUCAACCCCAUCCAGUGGCCACGGUGUACAGUGCUACGAAGAGAUUUGUAGAUUUCUUCUCGAGAGGCUUGGAGGCCGAGUACCACUCCCAGGGCAUCCUAGUGCAGAGUGUCCUGCCUCUCUUUGUUUCCACAAACAUGACCAACAACAUCAUACCCAACCACUAUAUAAAGACAGCAGAAGACUUCGCUCGUGAGGCCUUGAACACUGUGGGCAUCAGUAGCAGGACAUCUGGCUGUCUUUCCCACUCCAUGCAGAGCUUCAUUUAUGAGCUGCUGUGUCCUGAGUGGUUUCGUCUCUCCUCCCUUGGGCUUCAAUGCACUCUGGCCUUGUGGAGGAAGUUGAAGACCCGGAUGCCCUCACUGAAACAAGAGUAGGCAAGAACUCACAGGCCCA